UCCAUUUCCUCAGUUGGGAGCUAAGCUCACACUGCAAUGGCAUCCACUCCGGCAGUGAUGGCGCCACCGCCACUCAAGUACCGGCACUGCAGCAAUGUGGACGGGCUGGUCUCGGUGGAGGCGCUGCGAAUCAUCGUGGAGACCAAGGCUUGCUUCGUGGCGGUGGCGCUGGCGCUGGCCUACUUCCUGACGGCGUCGCGGCACCGGCUGUGGAGCUCCAGCCACCUCAUCAAGGGGUUCCUCUUCGCCGUGACGCAGCCGGUGACCCGGUUCCUCGUCAGCAUGUUCGCCAUGCUGCUCUCCAUGCCGUUCCGCAACGACCUCUACCUGCUCUGGGGCAUCCUCCUCCUCGCCGGCUACGAGGGCGUCUACACCAUCUCCGGCUACGGCGUCUCCGCCCGCCUCUCCGACCUCGCCGUCCACGAGUUCACGCGCUGCAGCAACAUUGUGGUGCUCGGCCUCUACGUCCGGUACUACUCCCAUGCCUCGCAGUUCCGGUACCCGCUCUGGGCGCUCUGGGCACUCAUGGUCGCCAAGUUCUUGGAGCGGAUCGUCCUGUUCAAGAACGGCAACCGAAAGUACGGUGACGGGAACACCAGCCGCGUCGCGGACUACAUGAAGCACGAGCACGAGUUGAGCAACACAGACGCUGAAGCUGGCGGCUUCUCCAUGGAGGACUACAAGUACCUUAUCGUUGGCGACUCCAAGUUGGAAACCACGAUCGUCGAUGGUAUGACCUACGAGCCAAAGUUGACGCCGCCGAUUAGACAAACUCAAGAAGCGGACGAUACGGUGGUCGUCGUCACCGUCGAUAAGGUGUGGACGUGCAAGGGGGAGCUCCUCAAGACUGAUAAUCGCGGCGACAAGCUGAAGGACAUCUGCCUGUCCUUCGCGCUGUGCAAGCUGCUUAGGCGGAAGUUCGCCGGCGUUAAUGCGUCGGAGAACGAGCGGAGCAAGGCGCAGAAGCUCGUUUUCGACGGCCUCAUCCCGGACCCGGAGCGGACGUUUCGAGUUGUCCGGGCAGAGCUUGGCUUUGCGAGAGACAUGAGCUUCACCAAGUACCCCAUCUUGUUCAGCUACGGCUUUCCGGUCGUCAGCGUCGUGCUGUUCGCAGCGACGCUCGGCGUGUCACUGUGGAUCAUCUCGUCAGCGAUCCACCACUACCGGAUUCCCCGCAAGAGCACGCCCAACUUGGUCAACGGCAAGAACGUGGAUCUGAUUAUCACUUUUGUUAUUGUGUUCAUGGUUACGGCGAUGGACAUAUGCGAGUUCUUCAUGCACCUCUUCUCCGACUGGACCAAGGUUAUGGUUGUUUCUGAAUACGUCCGGAAACGGUACGUGCGAUGCUGUCUCCUUGACCGUAUUCUGUGGUUGGUAUGCCACGGCAAGUUAGCUGAGACGAUCGGAAGCUCCCUAGGACAGUUCGACCUUCUCAACGGGGCGAAGAAAGGCUACAUCCCUGAACGCAUCGUCAGGUUGUACCACAUGGUGAGAUCGUUUAUCCUGCUCACCGACGACAAAGACUACCGCAUCAAGAAAGGCAAGAGCCUCCGGCCGGUUCCGGAGUCCGUGGAGAAGGCGCUAUGCGAGACGCUUCUGAGCAACAGGAAACAGUUGACUCAGGGUCUGCGUCUGCUCACAAGAAGCAAGCUACAGGCCGAGAGCGAGGAGCUCUUGACGUACUGCCAACUAGCGGAGAUCGAGACCAUCGUCGUGUGGCACGUCGCGACGUGCAAACUUGAGCAGCAAUCGCCGCAUGAACCCGUCGAGAGCUAUCAGGUGGCCACCGCGCUGUCCAAGUACUGCGCCUACCUGGUGUUCUACAAUCCGAAGCUGCUGCCGGUUGGCAACACCUCUGUUAGGCAUACCUGCAAGACAUUGGUUAGGCAUGACAGCAGCUGUGACAGGAGUUGUGGUGGCGAUGAUUGCAUGAUAAGAAAAGGCGAGGCGCUCGCGGCGGCGCUGCUAAAAGGGCGGGAGCUCAACAAGUCGUCUAAAGAGCCGGGGAUGUGGACGGAGCUGGCGGAGUUCUGGUCGGAGCUGCUGAUAUCGCUCGCGCCGUUUGGGAGCGUUGGCGCCCACGAGAAGGGGCUCGGCGACGGCGGCGAGUUCAUCACGCACCUGUGGGCUCUGCUGUACCAUGCAGGGAUCGAUGCCAAGUACUCUUGGUCCAGUGCCAGUACUGCCAGUGGUGAAUCUGGCGGCAGAGCUGACGUUUACCCGUUUCAGAAUGGCAUGGAUACCGUGUCACACGCGGUUAAUUAAUGUCAGCAAUAUCACCUGUUGUGUGUUUUUAGAUGAACUGGAGCCUGCGGUUGUCAGGUGCUGUGCCUCAUGUAGCAACAAGUGCAAUGAAAAUGAUACUCCAUGUCUGUACUACACACGGCGAUGUUCAUUUCCACUGAAAAUGAAAAUGAAGAUGC